GACAUUUCCAUCACGAUGAUGUCUCUGACGUUUGCUUCAUACCUUACGUGUGUGUUCUUGUGGAAAACAGCCUUGGCAUCCGAUUCCAUGUCAUCUCUCCAUGUGCGCACAGAAAGUGGCUUCAUAUCGGCAAAAGUUGGAGACAAUGUGACUCUGCAGUGUUUCUACGGAAACAGUUUCCUCAUGUUUCACUGGUAUAAACAAGCCCUGGGACAGAGACCAAAGCUCGUCUCAACCUUAUAUAAACAUGAUGAAAAUGGUACUUUCAAUGAUGAAUUCAAGAACCCAAGGUUCUCUUUGGAAACUAAAAAUGGUAAGAACCACCUGACAAUAUCGGAUUUACUCAUCUCAGACUCAGCUACUUACUACUGCAUCAGUUGCCAUGCAUACGAGUUUGAGUUUACAGAAGGAAUUACAGUCAGUGUAAAAGGUUCAGGCCUGGAUGUCAAAGUUCUGGUCCAUCAACCAGAAUCUGAGACCAUCCAGCCAGGAGGCUCUAAAACUCUGGAUUGUACCGUACACACUGGGACCUGUGAUGGAGAACACAGUGUUUACUGGUUCAAAGUAUCUGAGGACUCGCAUCCAGGACUCAUCUACACCCACGGAGGCAGGAAUGACCAGUGUGAGAAGAAACCUGAUACACAAACAAACACCUGUGUGUACAACCUGCCCAUGAAGACCCUGAACAUAUCUGAUGCUGGAACCUACUACUGUGCUGUUGCCUCAUGUGGACAGAUUCUGUUUGGAAACAGGAUCAAACUGGAAUCAGCAGAUGAGCUGAACUAUCCUGACUUUCUUAUAAAGUUCUUAACUGGAGCUCUGACAUUCACCACCAUCCUGACUGCAUUGAUGGCUUUCUCAGUGUACAAGAUGAAGAAGAGAAUCCACGACCAGUGUGCAGCCGAGUCUCAUCCAAGAUGUUCUGAUCCCACAGCAGCAGAUCCAGAGAGAGAAGAUGGCCUCCAUUAUGCUGCUUUAAAGAAGCAAAGAUUCAACCAGUCAAGAAGACCAAAGGAUGAGCUGCCGACUCAUUGUGUAUACUCCACCGUGAGACAGUAAUAGUUACCGUUGCAUCUGUGCUCUGAUGAUGUUUUAAUGUUACUUGGAUGUUUUUAGAAACCAGUAAGAAAGUAAGUUGGCUAUAAACGACUCAC